GUCCCCUGCAAACACACAGCGCAAUGGUCGGAGUUAAAAUUAUAGAUCUCAAAAUAAUAUUUAGUCGAGUUCUAUUCUCAGUUGAGUUAGACGUUUUGAAUUUAAUAUUCCGGGCAAAAUAAAAUAUAUCAAUUCCAAAGAUGCCUCAUUAUAAAGUAAUGUACUUCAAUUUGAAAGCUUUGGCUGAACCCAUUCGCUUAUUGUUGUCUUAUGGCAAAUUGGAAUUUGAAGAUGUUAGAGUUGAAAGAGAAAAUUGGCCGGCUUUAAAACCAUCUAUGCCAAUGGGGCAAAUGCCCAUUUUGGAAGUAGAUGGAAAACGUGUCCAUCAAUCUACAGCUAUCUGUCGUUAUUUGGCUAAAGAAGUCGGCUUAGCUGGAUCCAAUACUUGGGAAGAUUUGGAGAUUGAUAUUGCUGUUGAUACAAUCAACGAUUUACGAUCAAAGAUUGCCAUUGUAUCAUAUGAGGAAGAUCAGAAACUUCAAGCUACUAAACGUGAAAAAUUGGAAGCUGAGAUUCUGCCAUUCUACCUUGAAAAACUAGAUGCACUUGCAAAGGAGAAUAAUGGUCACUUCGCUUUGAAGAAACUUACAUGGGCUGACUUACACUUUGUGGGUAUCCUGGAUUACUUGAAUUACAUGGUUAAAUAUGAUUUUGUUGCGAAAUAUCCCAACCUGAAGAAAGUCGUUGAUAACGUGUUGAGUGUUGACAACAUAAAAAAGUGGAUUGAAAAACGCCCAUAUAAAAAAUUAGUCUUCGAGAUAAAUCUUACGUUGAAAGACAAGAUGAGUGACAGUAGUGAUGAAGAUUUCAACGAAAAUUACGUUAUGUAUAAGGAGCGAUUAGAAUGGAGAGAUGUUAAGCCCAUUAAGCAGAAUGACGGCGCUAAUCCAGUAGUAGCGAUUGCUUAUUCUGAAAAAUUUGCCGAUGUUUAUAACUAUUUCCGGGGAAUUCUUGCAAUUCAAGAAAAGUCAGAAAGAGCUCUUGAACUAACAACUAAUGCUCUACGAUUAAAUGCAGCCAAUUAUACCUAUCGUCGUGAAAUUCUUAAGACCCUCAAUAAAGAUCUCUAUCAAGAACUGGGUUACAUUGCCGACGUUAUUCAUGAAAAUCCAAAAAAUUACCAAGUUUGGCAUCAUCGUCGUGUUAUAGUUGAAUGGUUAAACGACCCAUCAUUUGAAUUGGAGUUAACUGAAACUAUUCUCGAUAUAGAUGCAAAAAAUUAUCAUGCUUGGCAACAUCGUCAGUGGGCAAUACAAACUUAUGAUCUUUUUGAUAACGAAUUAGCUUAUAUUGAUAAACUUCUUUCUAUGGAUGUCAGAAACAAUUCGGCUUGGAAUCAAAGGUUUUUUGUUUUAAAACACAUAGGACUCACAGAUGAAGUCGUUCAGAUGGAACUUCAUUACGCAAUGAAUCGGAUUCGUCUUAUUAAAAACAACGAAAGUUCAUGGAAUUUCUUGAAGGGUCUUCUAGAGUUUGGUGACAAUUCCAUUUCUAAGUUUCCAGACGUUGAAUUAUUUGCUGAAGAACUUUACAAUACAGGAAAUCGAUCACCUUAUUUACUAGCGUUUUUAGUUGAUAUGUACAUCGAAAAGACCAUGCAUGUUUAUAAAACAAAUAAUUACGAUGAUCCAGAGAUAUACGCAAGAAAAGUUUGCGAACUUUGCGAUAUGCUAGCAAAUCAUUACGACACAAUUCGCUACAAAUACUGGAAAUAUGUGCAACAGAAAUUCAAAGAUGAUAAAGAGCAAGCAAAGCAACCUAUAGACGAGCCAUCUGAGGAACAAAAACUUAACAAAAUUAAGAAAAAAAAAGACAAGAUAGGAAAAUGCGGAAAAUCUUGGAAAACUUCGGAAAGGUUGGGAAAAAUUUUGGAAACUCAAGAUUUUUUUGUGCGGAAAACUUGGAAAAGAAUUGAAGAAUUAAAACCGUAG